CGAUCAUCUUCUUCCUUUCUUCUUUUUCUUUUUCUUUCUUCCUCUUCUUUGUUCCUCUUCUUCCUCUAUGUCUGCUAGGUUCGACGGAACCCAGCCUGGGUUCCACCGAACCCAGAUUUGCUAGGUUCAAGGAACCCAGAUCUGCUGGGUUCCGUCGAACCCAGCAGAUUUGGGUUCGAUGGAACCCAAUUUGCUAGAUUUGUGCUGCAAUGUGUAUGAGUUUAAAUGUUAUUGGAGCAGCAUGGAAGGAUUUUUGUAGAUUAGAUGUCAUAGAAAUGGAGAAGAUGGGAUGGUUGGAGAGAGGUUUUAGGGAAAGACAAGAAGAUGAAUCAAAUGGGGACGUGGGACAAUGGAGAAUAUGUGUAUGGAAUUCACGUCAGCCUACUGUGUAUCGAGAACCACAAUUGGACAUAAAGAAACUUAGGGAUCCAGAGGAAUUCUUUGAAAGGCAUUAUUAUGAACUGACCCCAUUUCAUGUUUGCCAUGUAGCUGCACAGGAACGGACAGGUGCUGUUCUUAUGGAUUGGGAUCUGAACAAUCUAUCCAUGAGUGAACGACCUCGUCAGUUGUGGAAAGUAAUAGCAAGCCCACCGGUUGAGCUCGCACGAGCUGGAGAACGAGUCUUCUAUUUUCCGUAAGGACACAUGGAACAAGGGAAUGUUUGUGUUUAAAUUCAAAUUUCUAUCUUUAGAUGCGGUAAAUUAUUCCAUUUAUUUAUGGGAAUGAUUCUCGUGUUUGGAAUUGGGGAUAGAUUCAAUAUUCAAAUAUGGGCAUUCUGGUUGGGAUUGUAUUGUAGUUGGUGGCGUCCAUGAAUAAAGAGAUGAAUCAAAGGAUUCCGCUGUUCAAUCUUCCAUCCAAGAUUCUUUGCUGCGUUAUUAACAUUCACUUUGCUGGUAUUCUCUUUUUUCUAGUUUUUAUGUUAUGUUUUAGUUUCUGGGGAAUAAAAAACAAGAAAUGUU